UAUACAUGUAUGUAUAUAUAUAUGUGUGUGUAGAGAGAGAGAGAGAAGGGUCAAAGUAGCAGCGUAGCAGAAGCAGAAGCAGUUGUAUUUGCAAUGAUUUCGUGUGGAGAGAGAGGGAUCAGAAGCUCGUGAUGAGAAUUUCUCUUUGCAGAUGAUCAGAAACCCAAAGGAAUUUACAGAGCUUCCCCUUCGUCUCUUCCUUUUCUCGUGAUCCUUUCCCCCGUCUCUCUCUCUCUCUCCUCUCCCUCUCUCUCUCUCUCUCCCCCUCUCUCUCUUCUACCUUUUUAUUGGGUACAUCAACUUUGAGACAACUGCAUAUUCAUUCAUACACAGUGCAGCAACCACCAGACCUAGAUUUUGUAUGAAAAUCGAAGGGUUUUGAUAUUUGAGAAGAAGAAGAAGAUGGGUAGUUGUGGAAGAAACGGAGCUGUGAGGCAAUAUAUAAGGUCGAAGGUGCCUCGUUUGAGAUGGACGCCUGAUCUUCAUCACUGCUUCGUUCAUGCCAUUGAAAGACUCGGUGGCCAAGACAAAGCAACACCGAAGCUGGUUCUUCAGUUGAUGGAUGUGAGAGGGCUCACCAUUUCACAUGUCAAAAGCCAUCUCCAGAUGUAUAGAAGCAUGAAGAGUGACAUGAGCAGACAAGAUAGGCCUUCCAACCCGCAAAGGAAACAAUCUUUUGAAGAUCAUCAUGAUGGCUGUGUAGAUCAAGAAAAUGAAUUUGUGGGUUGCCAUCCAAACUCAAAGCCCAUGGAAGAAUCAGAUUCUCACUUCAUCUACAGUCCUCUCCCUACAAAAAGAACUCGAAUCGAGAAGAUGAGUUCCUUCUCAGAGAGCCUGCAAUGCAGCCAAAGAAUAAGUGAGGCAGUGGCAAAUCCGUACGGCUUUGAUGAUUAUACGCAGAAUAUGGCUGAGCAGAAAGGAAUAAAGGAAGAGAAAGAGUGUGUUCACAGAUGGCAGCGGCAGCAGCAGAGCCAUGAAGAAGCAGAAGCAGCCCCAAUAUUCACAGCCUUCUCUCUGCCACACCAUCUUUUCUACAAUCCUUCUUCCGCCCAUGCAGAUGCAGUGGAAGAAUCUGAUUUCCUCAAGAUUUCCAUGCAAGAAGAAGAUGAAGAAGGUGCCUCCUCUAAGAGGUGCAAACUGGGAAGCUCCGGCCAUGGAAAUGGAGAUGAAGAAGAAGAAGAAGAAGAGGCCAGACAUGGGUGCGCAUUGUCGUUGUCGCUGUCGCUGCCCCGGUUUGCCGCCGCGCAGGGAAGCCAUGCUUCUUCGACAAGCGACCUCAACGAGGCGAUCUCGUCGCCGUUCUCCCGGUCUAGUUUCAGUCGGUCUAGUUUCAAUGACUGCUCGGGGCCGGCGUCGAAAAAGCGUAGCAUCAACUUGGAUCUCUCCAUUGCUUUGUGUGGUAGCUGAAUUUGUUGUGAAACGUAAUUAGAUGCCUCUGUUGUUUUCACCCAUUUUGCUCCUUCACAUGGAUGAGCUUUGUAAUUUCACUCUUGGCUGAUAUCAUAGAAACACCUAUAUUUACUUGUUA